AGCAGUGCGUCUACUUCUUGUCUAAAGUAUGACGGAACGAUUAAUUUAAACGGCAAGUAUUUAUAAUGCUGUUGUUAUAAUACUGCUAAAAAAUAUACAACGUUAUAAUGUGUUGUUGGUGGUGUUAGCAAUUUCGCGCAUGCGCAGAACAAACACACACACACACACACACACACACACACACACACACAGUACGAAUCGUGUUUCCAGUGACAAGGAGCGCUGCGUCGGCUACGUAAGAAGCGUAACCUCGGUCAGGAAUGCGCCUUUGUGUUCGCGGCGUAAGCUCCGGUUCGUUCUCGGUGACUUGAAGUCAGAAGUGACGGUAAGUGAUCAAGCGAAGAAUCCCGUGGUUUUUUUACUCGGCGAGUAUGGCUUCGCAAGGGUCGGAGGAAAUAUCGGAGCAAACCGAAGAAGCCGAGCCCACGCAGGACGAGGAGGAUUUGCGCAUAUCUCCAGCGGAGGAGAUGCCCGCUGACGGGCCCGGGGAUGGCGAGCCGGAGCAGCUGCUGCUGCCUUGGGACCGCUUCUCCGCCUGGCUUCACUGCAUCUGUGUAGUCGGCUUCGACCUGGAGCUCGGACAGGCCGUGGAGGUUAUAUAUCCUCAUCAUUCCAAACUCACAGAGAAAGAGAAAAUGAGCAUCUGCUACCUGUCUUUUCCGGAUUCUAACUCAGGCUGCUUAGGGGACACACAGUUUUGCUUCCGGUUCCGGCAGGCGGCGGGCAGGAAGUCCUCGAUCAGGUGUUUUCUGGACCACUUCGACCGAGACGCUCCGGUUUGCCUGAAGAAAGACCAGGGACAUUUCUACGGUUAUGUCUACUUCAGGCAAGUGAGAGACAAAACACUGAAGAGGGGCUAUUUUCAGAAGUCUCUGGUUCUCAUCAGCAAGCUUCCUUACGUCACCUUCUUCCACUCCCUUCUGAAACUCAUCGCCCCGGAAUAUUUCGAGAAACAGGAGCCGUGUUUAGAAGCUGCUUGCAAUGACAUAGACCGGUGGCCAACACCAUAUCCAGGGAAGAUCUUAUCUCUCCCGAUCAUGGGCGUCGUCAUGAAGCUGCGAAUACCGACAUGUUAUGACAAGCCAGGCACCUCGCAGCUCGUGCAGUCCAACUCGAGCGACAGUCUGGUGUCUGUUGUACUUCCUACCAUCCAUGAAGUGGAUCUCUUCAGGUGUUUCUACCCCGUGUUCUUUCACAUCCAGAUGUUGUGGGAGCUCGUGCUGCUCGGGGAAGCGCUCGUCGUGAUGGCGCCCUCGCCGGCGGAGUCAUCAGACACGGUGCUGGCGUUAGUCAGCUGUAUUGCCCCGUUACGGUACUGCAGUGACUUCCGGCCCUACUUCACCAUCCACGACAGCGAGUUCAAGGAGUACACGACUCGAACCCAGGCUCCGCCGUCUGUCAUUCUGGGCGUGACGAACCCUUUCUUCGCCAAAACACUUCAGCACUGGCCUCACAUCAUCCGCAUAGGAGACAUGAAGCAAACGGAAAUGGCCAAACAGAUGAAGGUGAAGAAAUUAAAGAAUCUGAAAACUCUGGACUCCAAACCAGGUGUGUACACUGCGUACAAGCCUUUUCUGAACAAAGAUGAAGACAUCAUUAAGCAGCUCCAGAAGGGAGUUCAGCAGAAACGUCCAUCCGAGGCCCAGAAUGCCAUUUUACGGCGAUACUUCUUGGAAUUAACCCAGAGCUUCAUCAUUCCAUUGGAGCGCUAUGUGGCCAGUCUCAUGCCUUUACAGAAAAGCAUCUCUGCCUGGAAAAGUCCUCCUCAGCUCAAGCCGUUUGUACAGGACGAGUUCAUGAAGACUCUGGAGAAGGCCGGUCCUCAGCUCACGUCUCGCCUCAAAGGAGACUGGAUUGGUCUUUACAGGCAGUUCCUCAAGUCGCCCAAUUUUGACGGCUGGUUCAGAAACCGCAGGAAAGAGAUGAUGCAGAAGCUGGAGGCCCUGCAUCUCGAGGCGCUUUGUGAAGAGGAUCUACAGCUGCGGGUUCAAAAACACACCGAAGUGGAGACGGUCGAUCUUGUUCUCAAGCUGAAAGAUAAACUGACACAGGCUGAGCGAGAGCAGCUGCCGGUAAGAGCAGGGACGCUGGCCAAACUUCAGGCCCACAUUGACUCUAUUAUCCUCUCGCUUCCAGAUGACCUGCAGGGCAUCCUGCACAAACCGGCCACGCCCUGACCCCUAACACACACUCGACUACAGAAACGAGGGCGAGGCGACUGAGCCAAUCACAGUUUUUGGGGGGUUUAACACCAGAACUAAGCUGUGAGCUCAAUUAUUUUGCAGGUGCAGUUUCUCCUACAGAUCUGAGGUGAGAGGAGGGUCGAGCUGUGGUGCAAUGCUGGCAUUGCCGGAGCCCAGAAGAGGUAGAACCCGGCCCGAUGACGUUCUCUGCACUGUACGUGAAGAGAGCUGUUGGGAAUGUGCUCAUUCUUAAUAUUGAUGACUUUUUGUUUUUGUCUCUCACUAUGUGAGACCGACAUCUUGGAUUCUUGUUUUUAAACACGACUGCCUGGACGUUUUUUUUCCUCUUGAUGAUCCGAAUUAACCAUGUAAUGAGCAUACAGAAUGAGUCUAGCGAGACAAAGCUUGAAAAUUGUUUAAUGCAGUGUGAGCUAGCUUUGUUUUAAAUAUGGUUUAAGCAUGGAUUUAGGAUUUCUGGUUCCCUCUGUUGUACAUCUGAAAGCUCAGAAACCGGUCCUUGAGUGAUAAAAAAUAUAACUUGUACCAAGCCUGGAAUGAAGGGACGUGGGUUUGAUGAAGCUGAUCAUGAUUUAAUCCAUCACAUGAUUUCCCCCAGAGUGAACGACACUAACAGAACACACACAGGACAUGUGUUUUAAGAAAUUGAUGAUGAGUAAAUCGUCUGAUUUUCUGAAGGAGGAGGUGCUGCCCAGCAUUAAUGCCUUUUUAUAAAGCAUCAGCAGGAGAAACCUUAAGAAUAUGAUGUUGGUCCAAAGUCUUAUAUGAGAAAAAUGAUGUAGCUUUUAUUUCCAGAUUGAUUAUGAUCCCUGAGUAUUUUUUUUUAUCAUAAUAAUAAUGAAUACAUUCAGAGCAACAGCAGUCAUUGCCUAGUGCACAGAUUCCCAUCCUCUACCCUGAACAGUUUCAGCUCUAAAUGAUUAUUAAUAAUGAACACGACUGAUCUAGUAUAAUAAUGAACAAAUAAUGAUCUAAUUAACAGCCCUUUUAAAGUGAAGUGGUUGUGUUGGAGCACUAAAAUGUUCAGGAUAAUCGGUUCUCAAGAGACCGGGGUUUAUCCUAGGCAGAUGAUGUGUUUGUGAAAGGGCGCCCUCUGGAGGUUAGGUUAGUAUAGAAAUAUUUAUAAUGAUGUACUGCUGAGUCUGCUGUACUGCUGUAUUCGGUCUAACACGCGAAUCCGAUCUCUUUGCUUUUUCAUUACUACUCUCACGUCUUUAUAUCAGACCCACUGAUUCUGAUCAUAUUUAAGUAUCUGACUAGAAGUGCGUGAAAUAUGAAAAUCGACGACGUUGAAGCGUUCUUCUAUCAUGUGCCUUGAGAUGUGAUGAGGAGCGAGACGACCAAAGAUACUGUUCUAUCCGGGGUGGUUUAUUAUUUAUUUUUAUUAUUAUUUUUAGCACAGAAUCAUUGACUGACACCUGAAGAAAUACUGUCACUGUUUAUGUCGCGUCACCUCUGAAGUGGUUAAGCGAUGAUGAACCUGGUUGAAGAACGAGGUUUAGUUAUUCCCUAGCUCCAUGGACUGUAGCUGGUUUGUAGGCUUGGAGACCCAACGCUUGGCGGAUAUGAGGAGUGGCUUUUGGUCUGAGAGACAGCAGAACGGGCCGUACCACUGAUCCGGUCAUUAUUAGUUGGUGCAAAACCUGUAUAAACUGUCUAUUAGGCAACCACUUGUGUUUUUCUACAUACAGAGGAGCUUAUUUUAACAUGCUUACAUUUUUAUAUGAAAGGAAAUUGAUAUUCUCUUGUGCAUAACACACACUUGUUGAACAGUAUUUUGUAACACUGGUAUUUUUGAUCCUGACAAUUUCUACAGUUAUGUAAUAAAGUCCUAAAAGGGCGAUGAACGACUCGGUGUAUAGAGAAGCACAGAUAUAACAUGUGUUUGCGCCAUCUUCGAUAUUUUGGCAUUAAUAUUUUUCUCUAUCAAAGCCAUAACCACUAAUGAUGUUGCAUAGACUUUGUGUAACGUAACGUUUACACGUUGCCUGUCUCCAUGUGUUUUUUGUUUUUUUAAAACUGUAAAUAAAUAUGCACAAUCAGA